UGCAUUUUCUGCUCUUGGGACUGCAACACACAGAGGCUUCACACUGGAGCUAUUCCGACCGAGAUUUAGAUGAAGUUUUUCCGACCUGGGGUGGCAUCUGUGAUACUGGAACCCGACAGAGUCCAAUUGAUUUGAGCGUAUCAAAAUCAUUAAAAGGACUGUAUGCUGAUCUGGAAUUUGACAACUUCAAUGACAAGCAAACCGGCGUAAGCAUCGUCAAUAAUGGACAUUCCAUUCAACUUGCUAACUUCUCCACGGAAAUGGAACUGGAAGGUGGUCCGCUUCUAGAUAAAUAUGUCGUCGAGCAAAUCCACUUGCACUGGUGGUCGGAGCAUACCAUCAAUAAUGUGCGCUACCCACUUGAGGCUCACAUAGUGGCUCGAAACAAACGUUACGCCAAUGUGACACAGGCAUCAAAUUUCAAAAACGGCCUAACCGUCCUAGCUGUACUGUAUCAUGCAUCGAAUAAGCGCAACGAAGCCAUCGAUCAAAUCAUCGAUUACUUGGACGAUGUAAAAAGUUUUGAUAAAGUCGAUCAGCCAGUGCGUAUGACAAAUCCAUUCGUAGUGCGUCAACUUUUCCCCAAACUCAAUGGUUAUAUGACCUAUGCUGGUUCAUUGACCACGCCCUCAUGCGCGGAGGCGGUGACCUGGAUUGUGUUGAGCGAAACAUUCCCAGUGACUUUGGAGCAGGUCGACAACUUCAAGCAGAUUCAAUGUGAAGAGAAGCAAGUACUCAAAAACAAUUAUCGAGAUAUCCAAAAAAGCAACAGUCGUGCAGUGGUGUUGGUACUGUCUGCGGAUGACAAUCGAUCGAAUGCUGCAAAUUCAUUGCGCAUUUCAUUGAGUGUAGUAUUCUUGGUUUUAAGUGCCGCUAAAUUCGUGUAAAUGUGAGAACUAGUAAUGUAAUUUAUGUACAUACAUAUAACAAAAAUAUUUAUCGCAAAUAUGACACGGCUACUAUUUGCCAUAACUGCAACAUAGUGACAAUGAACCAAAUAUUUUAUUUUUAUUUUUUUUGCCAACUCAUUGAUAUUUGAGUCUGAGUGGAAAAAAAAUUAAAUGUGGCAUCAAUAAUUAACUUUACUAUUAAAUAUUUAUGUAUUUUAAAUCUUAGAGUAGUAUGCAUCUCGUUGUUAUGUGUAUUUAUGUUAUUUAGAUGUGUAAUAUCUUCUAUCUUUGUACUAGUCAAAAAAUUUACAUAAAAUAAUAUGUAAAACCGUAUAUGUAUAUGUAUUUUGAUUAAUAAACAAAUGAUAAAAAUAUAUACAUGCGUCUAUGCAAAAGAGAACAUCAUUACUAUUUAUCAGGGACCUAGAACAAAAGGUAUGAUCGCAACUAAAUGUCAUUCGCGUAGUUUUGCUCCCAAGAACGCCUUAAAAGCCAAACCGAAAUGCGAACAAAACCUUCGGGAGAGUUUUCACAAGAACGAAAAUGAGAACAAA